GCGAAGCGUUUCGACCAAUCAACACGCGGCCCAGAUCGACGCACCGCCCGCUGGACAAAAGUUGUGUUCAGGAUGCAAUCUUGUUCAAUGUUGGCAAUUCAACUGGAAGAACACGUGGUUCCGUUUCAGUUUCCUGACUUUGUGUAACUAAUGAUGGCCAGCCAAAAGUGCGUUUGACGGCUACCUGACAGUCGGGCGAGCGCCGGCAUGGCGGCGGCGGAGGCGAAAGGCGGCGCGAGGCAGACGCGACGCUCAGCGCUCCGCCCGGGACUCAACCCGGCGGCUCUGGCCUACGCCAUGACCACUUUGGGUUCCACCAUGAUCAACAGCAUAUUCAGCUUCUACUACGUGAAGCUGUUCAUCAACGAGUAUCAGAUAUCCGAGGGCGCUUUCCACCGAUCACAAUUGGUGUACAUGCUGUGGAACGCCAUCAACGAUCCUCUGUUCGGAUACCUGCAAGACAACUCCAAGGCGGCGUGCUGCGCCCAGCGGCGUCUCUCCAUCCUGUACGGCGCCCCGCUGUACGCGUUGGCCUUCCUCAUCGCCUGGUUCCCGUGGCGGCUCUACGCCCCCGGCGACUGGCUGAGCGGCGUCCACCUGACGGUGGCGUUGUGCGCCUUCGACGGCCUGCUCACCUUCGUGCUGCUGGCUCAGUGCGCCCUCUUCGCCGAGAUUUCCGGCCACCACCGGAGCCGACUGAGACUCGUCAAGUAUAGCCAGGUGGCGUCGCUGCUGGGCUCCUCGAGCGUGCUCUUCUGCGGGCUGCUGUCCAAAAACAUGGAGGACUUUGCGGCCUUCCAGGGGUUCACGGUGACGGUGGCCGUCCUGAGCUGCGGCUGCAUGCUCUACACGGGCCUCCGCAGCCGCAGCCAGUUCGACGACAAAGCGUCCGAGGAGUCCCGCGACUCCGAGUGCCCCCCCGCCACGGUGAAAACGCUGACGUGGCAAAUCCUCAUCAACGGGGACUUCCGGCACUUUGUGCUCAUGAACUUUUUCCAGGUCUUCAUGCUGGCUUUCUUUAGUAAUUUCACUCUGAUCUUUGCCGAGCACCUGAUUCCUUCGGAAGUGCUUUCGUCGCUGGCCAGGAGCGUCAUGUACGGCGCCGGAUUCAUUUGCCCUCAGCUGCUGGUGUUGAGCUGCGACAGACUUCUUCACAGCCUCGGCUACUACAGGAUGAUCCUGUACACCUUCUACCUGGAGGUCUUCAUGGGGGCUUUAAUGCUCGCGCUGGGUCCCCAGAACUAUCGUAUCCUGGCAUUGUUCCUCACCCUGAGCAUGGUCUUGGUGCAAGCCACCUUCAGUCUGUUCAGCUUGCCGCUAGCGGAUAUCAUCGACACCGACAUGCAGAAGUACAAGCGCAGCUCCCCGCUGUCCUCGAUGGUGUUCGGGACCAACGCCCUGUUCACCAAGCCCGCGCAGUCUCUGGCGCCGAUGUUAGUCAUCAACAUUCUCAACCAGUUCGGCUAUGAGCAGCUGAAGGAUGCUGGAAGGGACAUCAACCCAAGAGAGUUGGAGAGUCUGCACAGCGUCAUGUUCUACAUGGUGUGCGCGGUGCCCAUGUGCGUCGCUGCCGUGCAAGUCCUGGCGUGGAGGCCCUUCUCCAUACGCAGCAGUCACACCGUGGACAGCAAGUACAUUGACAGCUAGGAACAAUACCGAGGACGAGGCCUGACCGUCCUCGCGUUGGGGAAAUGAUAUUCACAGGUGACUCGUAAAUGUGUGGCUAUUUAAGAUGAUCGGGGGGGUUUGAAAGGGUGAGGGGAAUGUGUACAAAACCUGUAAUCUAGCUUCGUGUGAAGAUGUGUGACCCCCAGGCAGACUCCAUAUCUUAACAAUUUCAGUUAAGUCAAAUGUUUGAGCAGAAAAGAUAAAAAAAAAAAAAGGGGAAGAUCUGGAUGUACAUAGUGCCGUUUUCCCACCGUCGGCUUAUUAAUGAGCCUCCUGAGUCCCUGAAUAAUUCUGCAGUUGAAACCCGAGUACAGAUCCCAAAGCGUACCGUGAAGCUGGUUGACUUCAAGUUGUUGUAUUUUCCAAACGGGACAUAAAGCUCCGCACGCUUCGAAGAGGUCUUGACUCGGAAUGGGAACGGAAAACACUUUGUUGACAGCUUCUUCGGUUAAUUCCUUCAAAUCAACAGACGACGUGCUUCGAAGCGCAAGCUAAUUACAGUACUAGCAUCUUCUUGGAUUUAGAGUUUAUUGGUUAUGUAUUAUUAUUUUUUUGUCUUGAUAAGCUUUUUUGGCCUUUUGGGGCAUACAAUUUUUUUUUAACACUUAAUAUGUUGUAAUUGGUUCGACUUAGGACAUUCCAUCACCAUCCAAUUGGAGAAUAUUCCUUCGAUUGUUUUUUUUUUUUUCUUCCCCUAGCCGGACGAGUCAAAAUGAUAUUCUCUCAAGUCAUUCAAAAUGUGAGCAAUUUCCUAUUUGCCUAAGCUGAUGUCUAAACGGUAAAUGGAGUGCACUUCAGCCAAGUGGAGCGAAGUUUCCAUUUGCCAAAUUGUGUAAGUCAACAGGUUCUCCCAGGUGCUUGUUGGCGUGCGUUCAGGAGGAAUUCCAAGAUGUUGCACGCACCAUUUGGAGAUGACAUUACAACUUUAUAUCUUCCUUGUACGCAGUCCAAAAAAAAAAGUGGCAACUUAAGUUUGUGUUUCUGCCUAUUUGGCUUCCUGCUGACGUCGGGCAGACGGACUGGACCAUUGGGAUUCAUUAAAUGGGGAAAAUCAA